UAAGAAAAUGUUACAUUUCCAGGAUCCGCAGGAAGACAACUUUGUUACCUCUAAAACGAUACAUAUCAUUGUUGGCGGUGCACAUGGAUUCACAAGCAACCCCGGGGCCAGUCAUCUGUGAGGUGUGUGGAACGUACUUUGAGACACGACGAGGGCUCUCCAGCCACGCCCGCCUCCAUCUGCGCCAGCUCGGUGUCACAUUGUCGGAAAGCAGCGGAGCUCCCAUUGAGCUGCUCUACCAGCUCAUCCAAGAUAAAGAUGGCUCCCCAUCAGAUCUCAAACCAGAGUCUUCUGUACUUGAGUCAACACCUCUCAAGAAAUCAUCCCAGCAGGAGUCCAGCACGCCUUCAAUGCAAGAGGACAUUAAUACCUCCUACAAGACAGAAGUUAAAGACUUGACAAGCCCACAAAAGAUGGAUCAUCAGGGGUCACCAGCUAAACUCAAAGAGCCAACAACGUCUCUCCUUCCCUCAUCUCCCUCUGCUCGUAGGCACGCUGAAGGCUGCAGCUCAUCUUUCUCUGAACAUCAGACAGUUACCAAACCACUGUGGGCACCACUGGAAACGGAUGCCCCCAUCUCUUUAGCUUCAGACACCAAAGAUGAAAUUCAUGUUUGCCAGCUUUGUGGCUCCUGGUAUGAGACACGAAAAGGCCUGUCUGCUCAUGCUCGUGCCCAUCUCCGACAGAUUGGAAUCCCUGAUAGCGAGAUCAAGGGCAGCCCAAUUGAUUUUCUUUACCAGAUGAUGGAGGAGGAAGACCUUAAGCCCAUCAGUGUCGAGCAACAGGAAGAGCACGCAUUGCAAAGUUCUCCUACAUCAUCCAACAAACGUCCCGUUGAUCUAAACUCUCCACCUGAAUCUUCCCCCAGCAAACGGCCUAAAACAUCCGCUGAUUGUACCUGUGUUCUGUGCGGAGAGGUAUUUGAAAACCGAAAAGGUCUGGCCAGCCAUGCACGCUCUCACCUGCGUCACUUUGGGGUGAGUGAGUUGGUGGGAAAAAGUUCUGCAAUUGAUGCCAUCCAGGAGCUGGUCAGCAGUGGUAUGAUAGAGCCUGUACAUGCCCAGACAAAAAGCAGCACAACCAGCUCAUCUGCAGAGCCAUCUCCAGCACCACCUUCUACUGCUGUCCCUGCUCUGUCUCCAGGUCCUAGCCAAUCCUGCACCUCCCUCCUCUCUAGAUCUCUCUCUUCAAGCCCUUUAAAGAAGCCUCUGUCUCCUCAAGCUCUUGUAAACAGGGCACCAAAGGCUAAGAAAGGCUUUCGUCUAGCAGUGGACCCCCUCUACAGAAAACCCAAGCCUGAGCCUAUAGAGACAGAUGUGUCUGAUCAACCAAAACCACCCAGUACUGACGGUAAUUCUCAGCAAAAGUCACCCACAGCUGCUGUUUCUGCAAAGCCUUCUGAUUCAGAGCUACAGUCUCCACCCACAGUCCUUUGUGACUUCUGCGGCCAGCUGUUUGAAACCCGCAAAGCCCUAUCAUGCCAUGUGCGUGCCCAUCUGAGGCAGCUUGGCCUUACUUGGUCAAUCAGAACAUCUCCAAUUGAUCUCCUCAAAGAGGUCAUGUUGCAUGGUGAUGACAGGAUAGAGUUAAUACGCAGCAGUUCUUCGGCAUCAGGCAAAGGGACAUCAACACCUCAAAGCUCCAAAAGACCCCGGGACAGUCUCCCAUCAGGGGAAGGAGCUUCCAACUCCUGCACAUCGCCUGUUGAUUAUUCGAUGAAAGAAAAAUCUUCAUCUGUGAAGAGCGGGGCCUCACAUGCUGACACUUCCUGUGAGCUUUGCGGAUUUGACUUUGAAAACCGGAAGGCCCUGGCCAGUCAUGCGCGAGCCCACCUCCGGCAGCUGGGCCUCUUUGAAUGGAAGGCGGAGGGAGCAACUUCACCGAUCGAACUCCUGAGCGAGUUGAUCCGGAAAGACCCAGCCAUGGUGUCAGAAAUAACCAGACGCUAUCGUUUUGGAGACCUUUACAUCAAGAAGUCACAGAAAAAUGUUGCUUCGCCUUUGAUGUACACAGACUCUGUAGUUGUGCCAAGCAGCAGCCUGAAGUCAACCCUGCAGCAGCAUGAACACAGAGCGAGCAGGAAGGACCACAGCAGCAUCCAUGCACGCUCACAAAGGGGGGUCUAUGCACCAAAACACGGAGUGUCUUCAGUGGAGGAAAACCAGGGUGCUAAUUCCCAGCAGCCACCACGGUCUGGCAUCAUUCCCGCUCUGUUGCCAAAACCUCCACUAACUCCACUGGUUAAACUGGUGGGCAAAAUCUACUCACUCAAGUGCAGGUUCUGUGAAGAAGUCUUUCAUGGACCUCUGUCUGUUCAAGAGCAGUGGAUCACACACCUGCAGAAACACAUCCUGUCCCUCGGCUACAAAGGCAAAGCAGCUCCACCCGCUGCACCUGUGACGUCUCCGGCACUCAUCCAUCCUGUUGCUGUUUAGUCCACUAAAUUCUCUCUAAGCAGGUUUUUAAAUGUCAAGGUUCAAGAAGAAAUCAUGUCUUUAUGAGAUAAAAAACAAAAAACAUGUUCCCAGCUUGUCCUUGGGAGGGCAAACAU